AUGUCUGUGACCAAACAAUCAGAAACAGAGUUCAUGAGAGGAGACUCUCAGCCAUUAGACGUGUGUUCAGUUCACCAUGCUUCCACCCUGGUACGCUAUUUGGUAUCUCUGGUGGGCUAUGGCUUCUAUGGAGACGUACUGGCUGAGAGUGAAAAACACCGCUGGAUGGGACCUCUCAGAUACGACUAUUCAGGUGAAUGGGUAAGUGUGGAGGGCAGGUUCAGGUGUGUAUCGCUCACUUGUAUGUCCAGCUCAUGUGCCAGGAGCCCAUUAGGUCUCUCUCCAUCUGCUCAUCUGGCAGACGGAACAGGGCAUCUCAUCCUAGUAUGGGACACUCACCCACUGAGCUUCCUCAAGUUCGUCUACAGGCACACAAGCACACAGGACCAGUUUGACCUGCCGUUUGUGGAGGUCCAUCGAGUGAAGGCCGUCCGUUUCUCUCUCCCAGAUGGCAGAGAAGAAGAGGUGCAUGAAGAAAUCGGAGAGCUGAAUCGCACAAUAAGUGGCGAAGAGCGAGAAUACUUGGACACUGUAAGCAGAAAUGGAUCUCAGCAGCAAUUGGCACAGAGUGUGGUGGAGCGAGAGAAGAUGAACGAGCACAAAACAGUGGCUCCCAUCCUGUGUGGUCUGUGCUGCAAAAAGACUCCAGCUGUGUCUGUGUGGAACUGUGAUGGAGAGAUUCUGCCUUUCACUGAGAUCUUCUGCAGGAUCCACGGUCAGCUGGUACGUCUGUACGCCAGGGGCAUUGAGGACGGAGCAGCCAUGCAAAACUGCAGCCAGGAGACUGACAAGAAUAAAAGUAGAUGCAUCACAUACAAAUAG